CUUCCGGGUCAUUUGUCGCAUGUAACUCCUGAGAAGUUCAAACAUUUGUCCUGCGGUUAUCAAUGGGAACUCAUUUAGUGGCUACAGAAAAUAACAACUGUCGGGCGAGUGCAUUUCAUUUUUAUUACACACAAACUUGCAUUUGCGGUAGAUGUGUAGCGUCACAUGAGAUGCUAGCUAGCUAAAAUAUGCCACAAAUGAAGGCUGGACAGAAGAAGGAAAAAGUAUUCGCCUAUCACUGAGCUAACCCUUAAAAAAAAAAAAAGAAAGAAAAAUGUAUGAAGGCUUAAACUUGUAAGGCCUAGCUUAUAUGUUAGCUCAAACAGUUUGUGUUACAUUACCAUUCAUGGUUUGUUUGUCCUGCUAAUAAAGGUGUCAGUUACAGACAAUCUUUGGAUUUAGCUGUCCGUCACUCUUCUCAAGCCUUUCACUAUGUUCACUUACUGUGUCAGAAGUGUACUGUCAGGCCGCCUGUGCAUACUGAACACCUCGCGGUGCAGGAGACACUUCAGCGCAUCGUCAAGCGAGGACUUGGAUCAGGUGAGGACUCUGCUGCAGCUCUGCGUGGACAGACGGUACGUCUCCCCUGGUCCAGCUAACACACAGCUGUUUCAGCGGGGGAUGAGCUGCAGUUAUGGACCUCUGGGCAUGGAGCUGAGGAGAAACCUGCUGGAGCAGUGGUGGCACUCUGUGACCAGGUCCACAGCUCAGGUGCUGGGGAUAAACACCCUGAACAGCAGCACAGUGUCAGAGACAGAGGGACAGGGACCACUGAGGAUUGUAGAGUCUGGAAGUUUAAAGCAAAUACUUGAAGAGCAAGAACUGAGCAAGGAGCAGCUCAUCAAGAGGCUGGACACGCUCCUUCAGAGCUCCCCAUCUGUCAGGGGAAACUUACUUCAAGGAGCCUUGGAGCAGUUUGUCCCCUUGUGGGAGCUGGUGGCCAGAAAGCUGCCUUUCGGCCUGGCUGAGACUGGUCUAUGUUUCCUGCCCUCUGAUGGCUCUGGUUGCCCAGCUGAGGUCAUGCAGACGUCUCUGGUGUGGUUCUGCACUCCUCGGACCUCUUCCCAGUGGCUGGACCACUGGACACGACAGAGGCUCAAGUGGUGGAGGAAAUUUGCCCUGUCUCCAUCAGACUUCAGCAGCAGUGACGUCCCAGAGGAGGAGCUCGGGGAUGUGGCAUCUCGUGGUUUGAGAAUCACGUACAACUUCCCAUGGGGACCAGAGCCCUUGGAGACGCUGCUGAGCAGAGGAAGCAGGGAGCUGCUGAACACACACAAAGAAGACUCUAAACUACUCCGUCGUAAGUUAGUUCCUCAUGUUGUCUCUGUCACCGGGAACAUGGACCGUGGUGUGAUGGCCUUUUUAUCCAACUCACUCCAGCAGCUCAAGAAAGAGGACAGUAAGCAGAAGCUGCAUCAGAGAAAGGUUCUGAAGUUGCAUCCAGUGUUGGCUCCAGUCAAAGUGGCUAUAGAUAUCAGCAGGGGGGGCACAAUGGAGCUGAGGCAGGUGUGUGAGGGGCUGCUCCAGGAGAUGAUGGAGGCUAAGAUCUCCGUAUGGCCGGGGUAUCUCAACACUCUGUCUACAUCAAUGGAGCAGCUGAAUGCAAACUAUGAUGAGAUGGGAGUGCUUUUCACUGUGGUGAUCAGUGAGAACACGCUGGAGAGCGGCCUCCUUCAAGUCCGCAGGAGAGACACCACCAUCAAAGAGACCAUGCACAUCUCUGAGAUCAAGAACUUUCUCUCCAGAUACAUUUCUGCUGCCGAAAACGUCUGAAUGGACUUUUUGUUUUAGAAGCACAGUGUGAUCAUUUGCUUCCUCAGUUUUGCAUCCUUUUUAGGAACAAAUGUGUGGAUGUGUUGCACAUCCGCACAUCAGAAACCUCUUUAUGUGGCAUAUUUCUGCUGAACAGAGCACGUUGUGGAUAUCAGUCUUUCCCUGAUGACUUCAAGCUCAGCGUGACCUAAUCAGGAAUUGAGGAUGUUUUAUGUGCUAGUGGUUGGCUAUCUGGUGGCCAUUCUGUACCUUGUUUUAAAGGCAAAGAACAUAUUUUGUGAGGGGUCAAAAUUAAGAAGAUGCACACAACAUGUAUGUGCACACACUCAGGGUGGAGGAACCCAGUUUUUUUCAUGGAUUCUCACUCACCAAAGUGGAUAACUCGUCCCCUCUUUUCUUUAUUUCUGUCUCACUUUCUAAUUAAAUAAAAAUAAUAUUUCAUUCAUA